CAGACCUGGGAAAACAGAGCAGAGCACAGAAAGAGACUAACAGAGGAGAGAACGCAACAGAGAUGAGUCGGACAGACAAAGAAGCGCCUCGGCCACCCUGCCACCGGAAUCGCUACCCUGUUGCAAAGGACUUCAAAAGGUGUGCAUGAGAAUAAAUGCUGUGAGAUCUAGAGGAGAGCAACAAGAGCACAAACUCCUGCAAAGGGGCUCGCUUUGGUCAGUGCAGGGGUCAACAAGACUUCAGCUGCUGUCAGAGACUUUUCUGAGGUUACUGACCAGAACUUAAAUACUCUUUACCUUUGGAUUUUUACCCAGAGAUUAGAUUUUUUUUUCUUGUUGCAUGAGCUCAUCCAUAGACCACCCUAGAGGGCAUAAACCAAAGAUCUGUGGCUUAUUUCUCCCAUGGCGAGCAUUUGGAUCUCUCAAGUGGGAACCAUUUGCACCUCCAAAAUUCUGUUCUUGCUCUUUUCAAUCCUUCUGCUCCAGGGGCCUCUCUGUGUAGAGAGCAACCCCAUCUCCAGCUCUCAUCAGAGGCAUCGUCCUGCUCCGGGGCUGGGGGACGGGCAUGGAGGGGUGGUGGAUCCAUCGUUACUGGAGCAGGAGAACAAUGUGGACAUGCAAAGUCUGCUGGAGACCCUCAAGGAACAGUUUCUGCGCACUUUCAACCUCUCUGGCCAUCCACCCUUGCCUCCUGGAAGUACAAGACUGGAGCCACCUGAAUACAUGAUGGAACUUUAUAACCGCUUUGCUAAUGACCGCACUGCAAUGCCAACCGCCAACAUCAUCCGCAGCUUCAAAAAUGAAGAUUCAAACCCAAGCGUGGUGGGUGUUGGAAAAGUGAGGCGCCACCCACUCCUCUUCAAUGUGUCAGUCCCCCAUCAUGAACGCAUCACAGCAGCUGAGCUUCGCCUGUACACUCUAGUCCAGACUGACCGCCACCUCUAUGCUGGUGUUGACCGCAAGGUCACUAUCUAUGAAUUGGAAUCACAUGACUUGUUUGACAAUACAACUAAUGUAAAGUCAGUGAGAGCAGAUAAUUUCAGAGGAACAGAGGAGCGGAUAGAACUGGUGGAACUGGCAUCCCGUCAGGUUUAUGGCACAGAUAAUGGCUGGGAGGCAUUUGACCUCACUGCUGCUGUUCAGCGCUGGCCCAGAUCAGAAGGUGGCACGACACACCGUUUGGAAGUGCAUAUUUCUAGCAUUGCUAAUGAAGAGAAUACUCAAGGUAUGAAAGAUGAUUUCAAAGACGGGAGUCCAUCUGAAGGGGACAUGAAGAUUGACAACAGCCCAGAGGAAAAGCAUAAACCCCUGCUGAUUGUUUUCUCUGAUGAUCAGAGCAGCGAUCACCGAGAUGACAAGCGUGAGCUGAACGAGAUGAUCGACCAUGAAACCUCUAACACAGUAUUGCAGAAUGACCUGAAUGGGCUGUGGGGUGAGCUGGGAAGAGACAUGGAAGGCGAUCCAGAUGAAGAAGACCUCAUCCAGAUGCGGUCAAACCUCAUCUACGACACAGCAUCACGCAUCCGUCGCAAUGCCAAAGGAAACCACUGCAAAAAGCAAUCUCUUUAUGUUGAGUUCAAGGAUAUUGGCUGGGACAGUUGGAUUUUGGCACCCACUGGUUAUGAUGCCUUUGAGUGCACUGGCGUUUGUUCCUAUCCUUUGACGAAGCACGUUACACCCACAAAGCAUGCAAUUGUCCAGACACUGGUCAAUAUCAAUAGUCCUCAAAAGGUAGCAAGAGCAUGUUGUGUGCCCACCAAGCUGGACCCCAUCUCUCUGCUUUAUCUGGACGACACAGGGGUGGUCACCUACAAGUACAAGUAUGAGGGCAUGGUGGUUGCCGAGUGUGGUUGCAGAUAGACCGCUGUGUCAGAGUUAAACUCUUCAUUAAGUCUUACCACAAGAGGAAGGACACAAAACUAACAAUAAGCUGCAAGGAGAUGAGCCAAGGAUAUUUUCAAUAAAAGAAAGGGACAGUUAUUGGAAUCUCUGUGAAGGUUACUCAGUGAGACUGGAAGUUUUCAUUCACUAUUGAUUAAACUAUGAGCACUCCAGGUGGACAAGCGUAUUUUUUUACCAUAAGAUACAAACAAAUAUUUCAUCUUAUGCAGAAAAACAUGAAUAUCAGUUGUCACAAGUCAGAAAAUGGAGUCAGUAGAGCUGAGGAGCAGAUCUACAGUCAGCAUACCCAUCAUGAUGUAAAGGUAUGCUGUCAUACCCACUAAAAGACAAAAAUUCCCAAAGAACUGAGCCUAUCCUUCAAUCUUUGCAGCUUGAUGGGAACUCGUGCUUCAGUUGUUCUCCUCCCUCUCCUUUCCCCUGACAUCUGUCUUCCUCUCCACUUAUCUCUGGCUUUCCCACUCAGUGCAAGCACUAAUCAGCACUUCAUGUGCCUUGCUGCAAUGAAAUGACCUCCCUGAGGCAACCUGGCAAGCCAUGAACUCUCUAGGCCCACCUCCUGUCUCCUGCAGCCCCCUGAUACGUGAGCACUGUGCAAUGGGUCCAAGUGGCAGGCUUAUCUAUCUCAACCCUGUUUCCCACUUCACAUGCCUCUUUUCCAUCCCCCCCGACUUACUGUGAUAGUAAGGUGUCGGGGGUUAAGAAACAUGUAUGCCAGUACUCAUGUUUUGAGGACUCAAAGCCAUUCUGGGCAACAUUUGACGUGGUGGGAAGGAGGCUGGGGGUCAUCCACAUUCCUUGGCAACUGUUUCAACUGACUGACCGAGCACUGUGUGCCCCCUGCAUAUCUUCAACAGAGUCAUCCAUCACAUCUAAAAAAAAAACUUUUUGGAACCCUAUUGCCUGAACAAAGAUCAAAAGAGGCCACACUGUCACGUUAUGGAUACCCAAAGGAAUUACUUUCUUUUGUUAUAAGCCUUUUGAUACCUCUGCUGCUUGUGUCAAAUAAAAGACUAUUUAUUGUUUUAAUUUAUUAAUUUUUACAACAGAGUAAAUGACUAUAUAUGUAAAUUUGUAAUUUUAGCAGGUUUUAUAACCAUGACAAUGCAUUUGCAGCAAAAAUGAAUUUUGUUGGGAAGAUAAAUGACAAUAAUUUGUGCAACAAUAAAAACCUACUUAACAAAUAACAACUGUUUCAGAAAAUGUGCACGCAGUCUUUAAAGAAGAU